GCACCUUCAUAUCCAGCGAGCAGGACACAGAGACAGACAGCAGCUACUCCACUCUCUAGUAAUCGAGUCUGCUGUGAUGGGGGAGAGGGAGUUGCUCAUCCUUCUGCUUGCAGGACUUUGUGUGCCUGCUUCCAACCAGAUCAGAAAAGUGUAUGUGGAAACUGUGAAGAGCUGGUCUGAAGCUCAGAGCUACUGUAGAGAGAAGCACACAGACCUGGCCACUGUGCGCAGCCAGGAAGAAGCAGAGCAGCUCUUAAAUAUUACAGGAGAUUCUCUCAAUGAUACUGCCUGGAUCGGGCUGUAUCGUGAUGACACACAGAACUGGCAGUGGUCUAACAGCGAUGAUGUCAUCUACACUAACUGGAAGGCAGAGCUCUUCUGUGCUUCAGUCAAGUCAAGUGAAGAGUGGGAGGAUAGAGUCUGCAAUGAGGGGAAAGCUUUCAUGUGCUACAAUGAUGGCUCCUCUGGUCAGUGUUUCUAUGGAAAUACUGAGAAGACAUGGCAGGAAGCUCAGAGCUACUGCAGAAGUCAAGGCAGAGACCUGCCCACCAUACAAGACCAGGCGAGAGUUAGUGAGAUUAUAAGUCUUAUAAAUUCAACGAGUAAGACAACUUUCUGGAUCGGGCUGUAUCGUGACAAACAGAACUGGCAGUGGUCCAAUGGAGAUGAUGUCAUCUACUAUCACUGGAGACCACCAAACCUCUUCUGUGCUUCAGUCAAUUCAAAGACAGAGUGGGAGGGCAGAGUCUGCAAUGAGAUAAACAAUUUCAUGUGCUACAGUGAGACCAGCAACAUCACUGAGAGAUACACCCUGAUUGAAGAACUGAAAACCUGGACUGAAGCUCAGCAGUACUGUAUAGAACACCACACCGACCUAGUCAGUAUAAAGAGUGACAGUGAAAAUGAAGACCUAGUGAAGAAAGCGCAGGGCAAGCCCUUCUGGAUAGGCCUGUUCAAUAACCCGUGGAAGUGGUCACACCAGGGGGAUAACUACACAUUUCACAACUGGAACACAGGGGAACCAAACAAUGUGGGAGGCAAUGAGAACUGUGUUGAGAUAGGUGUAAGGGAUGAUCCAUCCAGAGGGGAAUGGCAUGAUAAGGAUUGCAGCUUGAAGCUCCCUUUCUUCUGCUUUGACGGGAACAGAGAUGACCUGGACUGGAUGGCCCGACAAUGA